AUGCACCGUAUACGAAACUUCAAACUUCUAGUCGGCUCAUGUCGUGCCCUGUGUGCGAUAGCCAUGAAGAAUGCCCUUCCUUCCAAAUGCAGCAAGGCUGGCGAGGUCUACGGGAUGAUGGAGGAGUUCCUCGAGUUAUCCAGGCGAGUAUCUGUGCAAACAAUCCGAGGUUUUGUGCAAGCCGUGCAUAAGCGGAUACCACCUAUUUUCUUGGAGAAAGAAUUCGUGGAUUUGGCCGAAUGCACCGCUGGUAAUGACAACGUGCAGCGCAAUUUUCGUAGCUGGCUACGACGUCAACAAUGGAUGAAAGCAUUGCCUCCGCCAACAACGAUCCAGGUCAACCAAGUAAAUUCUAAGCUGAGCGAGCCGAACUUUUUGGGCCUGCACUCAAUCUUCUUGAUUCCGGAUUGGAGCGAACUGAACUUCAUCAUACCACUCGAAUGUCAUGGCGAUGAUGCCGAGAUGCAUAAGCGCCGGUCGUUUGCCAUAUGCACAGUUGCCUCGGCGUUGCUGGGCCCAGGUAUAGCUACUUGGGAUCACAAGUUGUUGUUGAGUUGCUUCGACAACAGCGCUGCAGGCGAAUCUACUGCCACAGAAAUAGAUUGUUGGAUUUGUUGGGGAUUGGUAUGUGCUGCGGCUGGGGUAUACCUUGAUCAUGAUUGGUACGGUCGGCCUUUCAGUCCCGACUACAUGCCUGACCUGUACGCCAAAGCUGGGAAGCAGAUCGCGGGACCGUUCCGGUUCGUGUUUGCUGGUCACAAGGGGGACCAAAAGUACCUUCAUGCAUGCUACAAGUUUGAGAAUUACUGGACGAGUGAAGAAAUGUGUCGCUCAUGUGCAGCUUCGAAAAAUGGCUCUUCUCCUAUGGGCUACGUGCACUUCGGACUCGGAGCCCAACAUCGAUCAACGAUAUACUCUACAGCCGACUUCAUCCGCAAGUGCGGUAGCACACCAUGGCUCGCCAUUCCAGGCUUUGCUGUAGAACGAAUAUGGGACGAUUGGCUUCACAUUGUUGAUCUAGCUAUUUCUCCUGAUGCUUGUGCAUCGGCACUACUAGAAUUGACGAAGUCGGCCAACAGCCCCUGGCCAGCCAGAAACCAAGAGCUACGACUGGAGCUUGCUUACCAGGAGUUUGCACAAGCUUGCAAACGAGAGAAAGUCCGAAACCGAGCACCACCUUUCUCUUUGAAAACUCUGAAAUCAACGACGCCGGGUGUGUUUGCUACAUUAUCCCAGAAGCAUCUCAGUGGUGCGGAGUCUGUAGUGAUGGUCAAGUGGCUUCGCUCCGUCACGGUGUUGUUCUCGCGAGCCAAUCCUGAUCGCUAUUGGCUGAACCUGGCGGCGAUCUUCGUUAAUUUGGCAGGGAUGAGAGAGGAGAUGUCGGGUUACGAUUGCGCCCUCCCGGCUGAAGUGAUUCGAAAGAUAGAGACCCAUUACUAUCUGUUUCGUGCGAGCUACAACUAUUGCGCAUACGAUGCAUGCGGCCGCUCCAAGAUGUUGUUCAAGCUUCGUCCGAAAAUACACAGGCUCGAACACUUGGUUUACGAUCAGACAGCUGUCACAUGUCCACUCCGUACAUCUACAUAUGGUGAUGAGGACAUGGUCGGCAGAAUCAAGAUGAGUGCAGCCUUAUGUCACCCCCAAGGUCUUGGCUUGCAGGUGCUAUAUCGUUAUGCUGCUUAUGUCGGUGCUCGAUGGCACAGAAAGUCUCUUUCAAACGAAUGGUAA